AUGGAACAUCUGGGGACCACACCUCUUGUCCCCAACAAAGACGGGCGGACACCGCUUCAUGAGGCAGCUAUGAAAGGCCAUGAAGAUAUGAUGAUAAAAUUAUUGGAACACAAAAUCUUCCUCGACCACGGAAACAUUGACAAAGUAGAUUGUCAAAACCGAACAGCUCUACACUGGGCAGCUCGAGGAGGCCACUGGAACAUCGUCGAGCUGCUGAUCGCAAAGGGCGCCAGUAUCAAAAUAUUCUCUACUGAUGGAGAAUCUGCGCUGAAUUUAGCUGCAAACGCUGAUGACGGGAGAAUUUUGGGGGUGCUGUUUCGUGCGUGGGCCGCGCAAGGAGGCGACGAAGGAAUUGUUCGAGCGUUCAUUGACCAUGGUGAAACUCAAAUUGACACCAAGGAUAGCAAUAAGCGGACACUGCUGUCUUAUGCAUCCGAAAAAGGGCAUGACAACAUCGUUAAGCUUCUGAUUGAAGAAGGAGCUGAUAUUGAGGUAAAGGAUAUAGAUGACCAGACGCCGCUGUCCUGGGCGGUUAGGCAUGGGUAUGAAGGUGUUGUGAAGCUGCUAGCUGAGAAAGGCGCUGAUCUUGAAGCAAAGGAUGAAGAAUAUGGCCAGACGCCGCUAUUUUGGGCGGCUGAGAAUGGGCGUGAGGGUGUUAUUAAGCUGCUGGUUGAGAAAGGCACUGAUAUUGAGGCAAAGAAUAAAGAAUAUGGCCAGACGCCGCUAUCUAGGGCGGCUGCGAGAGGGCAUGAGGGCGUUGUUAAGCUGCUGGUUGAGAACGGCGCUGAUAUUGAGGCAAAGGAUAAAGAAUAUGGCCAGACGCCGCUAUUAUGGGCGGCUGAGAAUGGGCGUGAGGGUGUUGUUAAGCUGCUGGUUGAGAAAGGCGCUGAUAUUGAGGCAAAGGAUAAAGGAUAUGGCCAGACGCCGCUAUUAUGGGCGGCUAAGAAUGGGCAUGAGGGCGUUGUUAAGCUGCUGGUUGAGAAAGGCGCUAAUAUUGAGGUAAAGGAUCAAGAUGACCAGACGCCGCUAUUUUGGGCGGCUAAGAAUGGGCGUGAGGGCGUUAUUAAGCUGCUGGUUGAGAAAGGCGCUGAUAUUGAGGCAAAGGAUAAUAAAGGCCGGACGCCGCUGUCAGCAGCUGCUAGAAGGGGAAAUGGACACAUUGUCAAGCUGCUGCAUCACAAAAUCUGA